AUGAAGUUCAAGUCUUUCAUCACCUCAGCCCUGCUUGCAGCUGUUUGCAACGCCGUUCCUGCUCCGGUCGUCACCCAGAUCUCAGAUGGUCAGAUUCAAGCACCUACCGGCAAUGUCGUUACUCAGAUUCCGGAUGGCCAGAUUCAAGCACCCACCGGCGAGGUCGUCACCCAGAUCUCAGAUGGCCAGAUCCAAGCACCUACAUCGGUAGCCUCCAGCAAGGCUAGUGUUGCCACUGGCGGUGCCGCUCAAGGUAUCUACGCCUCCCAGGCCUCCUCGGAGUACGGAAGCCAAGUCGGAUUCUAUACUGGAGCAGACGCCCCAUACAAAUCCAACGAUGCUUCCAUCAAUCUCAGCGAGCUCGCCACCUCGUUUGGCCUCAAUUCUGCUGUCAACGCCAUCCACACUGCUGCUCCCACUGGUACUGAGUCGGGUGCUGCAGCACCACUCCGUAGCAGUUUAGUCACUGGCUCAACUACCCACGGCCCAUUCUCUGGAGUUCCGACUACCAUCGGUGCAGUCACCACCGUUACCCUUGGGCUUACUGUCCCUACACUUCCUCUGAAUCCGACCGCUACGUACUACAAUACGGAUGGCAAACUUACCAAGCCAGAGCCCGCGCCCUAUACUCCUGCUGGGGGUCUUGGUACUAAUGGUUCGCUUCCUCGUUAUAUGGUUGAAUCCGAUUUUGACUAUGAAUCAAUCACUCUUGGCCUUUAUCAGGAAUGGAUUGAGCUUGAUACUUUCAACAAUGGACUUGCUACGUUCACAGAAGAAGAUUUCGCUGCUGCUGGAUUGAGUAACGAGGACCGGGAACUAAUUCGCUUUAUGGCACAACAAGAAGAAGGCCAUGCUACCCUAUUAACUAACAUGCUUGGCCAUACUGCACCACCCCAGUGUACCUACAACUAUCCAUACACUACUGUCCGCGAGUUCCUCGAUUUCAAUCAAAAGUUGACUCGUUUUGGCGAAUCCGGAGUCUGGGGAUUCAUCAACCAUCUUGAUAGCCGCGAAGUAGGCCAACUCCUUGCUCAAUCUAUCGCUACAGAAGCCCGUCAACAGAUGGCUUUCCGUCAAAUGAGCGGUUUAUUCCCAAUGCCAGUUUAUUUCGAGACGGGCAUUCCCCAAUCAUGGUCCUGGACCUUCCUAGCUCCGUAUAUCUCAUCAUGUCCUGCUAAUACUACUCGUCUGGCAUGGCAAAACUUCCCAGCCCUCCAUAUCGUCAAUCAACCUAACAUCAAUCGGUGGUCCGCUAAUGAUACUGGGGCUAAUGAGGUUACUGGCGAGCGAGCGGCUGAUCCAUCUAUCUCUACCAUCCCAGUCGAAGAAAGCUGCGAGAAUCUCAACGUUACUGGCUAUAGUUGCGGACCAGCAAUUUCUCGCAACCGCUCUGAGCCAUUGUCUUUCGCUGGCAAACAAGUAAACUUUACUUGGGACGCUCCUGGACUUGCUGUUGGACCGAACAAUAGUUAUACCACAUCUGUCAAUCCGGUUGCCGGCGAGCCAAUGUUCGUCGCUUGGGCUGCUCAGCUCAAUUUGACGUACACACCAUUGAUCAAAACGUCUCCCAACUCAGGCUAUACUUACCAGCCUGCCGCUCAGAACUAUCAGGGUGGUGAAGGUAUUGUCAACGGCACCAUGUUUGUUGCCCUCACUGAUACGGAUAUGUUCUUGACACCUUUCAACCUGUCGAUGAUCAAUCCUCAUGUCAUAGCACUCGGCCUGUACCAAGCUGGUUGA